AUGGUGUCCCGGGGCCAGGCGCACCUGGGCCCCAAGUAUGUGGGCCUCUGGGACUUUAAGGCCCGGACAGACGAGGAGCUGAGCUUCCAGGCAGGAAGUCUCUUCCACGUGGCCAGGAAGGAGGAGGAGUGGUGGUGGGCCACGCUGCUGGACGCUGAGGGCGGGGCCCUGGCAGAAGGCUAUGUGCCUCACAACUACCUGGCCGAGAGGGAGACUGUGGAAUCUGAGCCGUGGUUCUUCGGCUGCAUCUCCCGCUCAGAAGCCGUGCACCGACUGCAGGCAGACGGCUCCGGGCCCGGGGCCUUCCUGAUCAGGGUCAGCGAGAAGCCGGGCGCCGACUAUGUCCUCUCAGUGCGGGACAGGCCGGCCGUGUGGCACUACAGGAUCUGGAGGUGUGCGGGCCGUCUGCACCUCAGCGAAGCCGUGUCCUUCCCCAGCCUGGCCCAGCUCGUGAGCCACCACCGAGCACACGGUCUGUCCAGAGGCCUGCAGCUGACAGUGCCCUGUGGGAAGCACGAGCGGGAGCCCCUGCCCCUCUGUGCCGACUGGGAGCGGCCCCGGGAGGAGUUCACGCUCUGCAGGAAGCUGGGGGCCGGCUACUUCGGGGAGGUCUUCGAGGGGCUCUGGAAAGGCCAGGUCCGCGUGGCUGUGAAGGUGAUUGCCCGAGAUGACCUCCUGCACCAGCACACGUUCCAGGCGGAGAUCCAGGCCAUGAAGAAGCUCCGGCACAAGCACAUCCUGGCGCUGUACGCUGUGGCGUCCGUGGGGGACCCCGUGUACAUCAUCACAGAGCUCAUGGCCAAGGGCAGCCUGCUGGAGCUCCUGCGGGAGUCUGAUGAGAAAGCCCUGCCCGUCUUGGAGCUGGUGGACAUCGCCUCCCAGGUGGCCGAGGGCAUGUGCUACCUGGAGUCUCAGAAUUACAUCCACCGGGACCUGGCUGCCAGGAACAUCCUCGUGGGCGAGAACAACAUUUGCAAAGUGGGGGAUUUUGGGCUGGCCAGGCUCAUCAAGGAGGACAUCUACCUUUCCCACGACCGCAACAUCCCCUACAAGUGGACGGCCCCCGAGGCGCUCUCCCGCGGACACUACUCCAUCAAGUCUGACGUCUGGUCCUUCGGGGUCCUCCUCCACGAGGUUCUCAGCAGGGGCCAGACGCCCUAUCCAGGCAUGUCCAACCACGAGGCCUUCACGAGGGUGGACUCUGGCUACCGCAUGCCCUGCCCCCCUGAGUGCCCGCCCAGUGCCUACAGGCUGAUGCUCGCGUGCUGGCACCGGGACCCUGAGCAGAGGCCCUGCUUCCAAGCCCUGCGGGAGCAGCUCUGCAGCUUCGCUAGCUACGAGAACCCAACCUGA